AUGCCCAAAACAAUCCUCAUCCUUGGUGGUUCCUACACCGGAAUCUCCACAGCCCACUACACCCUAAAACACAUCCUUCCCUCACUCCCCUCCACAGAAACAGACUCCUACCAGGUCGUGCUGGUCAGCUCGUCAACAACUCUCUUCUGCCGCCCCGCCAGCCCGCGCGCCCUAAUCGCAGACACCCUCCUCGACCAGUCCAAACUCUUCGUUCCUCUGGAAGAGCAAUUCACGCAGUAUGGCGAGAAAUCAUUCAAAUUCAUCCACGGCCACGCCAAACAUCUCGACCACGAGAAUCGCACUGUGACUGUGUCCCUGGUCAAGCCUGGCACAGAAUCAGAAUCAGAAUCAAAUGAAAUCCAAAUCGCCUACCACGCCCUAAUAAUCGGAACAGGCUCAUCCACCCCCUCACCACUGCUAAGCCUGAACAGCGCCGGAAAAGACGAAAUAAAAGAACAGUGGAAAACAUUCCGCACGGCCCUCCCAUCCGCAAAAACAAUCGUGAUCGCAGGCGGCGGGCCAGCCGGGAUCGAAACGGCCGGUGAACUGGGCGAACACUUAAACGGACGCGCGGGGCCUGCGAUUGCAAGAGUCGCGGAGGGGUUUCUUGCGAAGGUCGGUGUGGAGGUUAUCAAGAAUGUCAAGGUUGAGUCUGUUUCGCCUUCUGAGGCAGGACGGAAAGAGCACGUCGCGGGCAAGGCGGAGAUCAAGUUGAGUAACGGGGAAACUGUGCAAGCGGAUUUGUAUAUCCCUGCGUAUGGGACGGAUCCGAAUACCGAGUUCGUGGAGCAGAGCCUGAAAGGUGUUGAUGGGCGGGUUGCUACGAAUGCCCAGACACUCAGGGUUGAUAAGGCCGGGCCUCGGGUUUAUGCUGCUGGUGAUGCGUCCGACUUUGCACGGCCUGCUAUCCCUCUUCUCACCGAGGCGAUUCCGGUGCUGUGUGCGAAUUUGAAGAGGGAUUUGCUGGUCGAGGCUGGGCAGACGGUGUCUGAGGAGCGGCUGUUCACUGCUGAUCCAAGCGAGACGCAGCUGGUGCCUAUUGGGAAGAGCAAGGGGGUUGGAGCUGUAAAGGGCUGGAAGGUGCCGAGUUUCUUCGUCUGGCUGAUCAAGGGGAGGGACUACUGGGUUGGCAUGGUUGGGGGGACGUGGACUGGGAAGCAGUUUGCCAAAGCGUGA